GACGGGUGCCUGUGCUGGAUAUCAAGCAACCCUUCAUUUGUAAUAUAUUAUGCUGAGAUCAGGGAAGAAGAUUCUGUUUCCCCUGCGGAAUGGACUGGCUCUUUAAUCACUCCAUGCCCACAGGAUUACAGCAUGUUGCUCGAAAAUGAAAAAGGGAAGAGCAGCUUCUCUCUAAAGCAGUGCUCUGGUGGAACAGAAGAGAAUGAUGUGAAAUGGGUUCAGUCGAACAGUAGUGCGAUCCAAGACAGUGGAGUGAUGGCCGAUAAUGAGCUUGAAGAGAUGGGACAACCAGUUCCAGAAGUCCAGAAUGUAGAAUCCAAGCCUCAACUGGGAUGCAAAGAUCAGCUCAUCAAAUCCAACUGCCCGGAGAAGACGGUUUACUUGGCGAGUGUCGCUACAGUGGUCAUCGUAUGCUGUUCCAUGAUGUCUUUCCAGUGGUUUCUACCGUACCUCUACACGGCAUACCUCUUUGUUCUCUUACCAAUCCGUGCCUAUAAGUACACUGCUAUGAAGUGGCAGUUCUUCCUGGCUGAUUGGUGCUAUGUUGCCAAUUUGAUGAGCCUCUUAUAUUUAUGGGCCGCCCCAUACAAAUCCACCUUCUUCAUGAUCGUAUUUGGCGUGUCUAACGGUCCCGUGACGUGGUCCAUCAUACUCUUCCGAAACUGCCUUGCCCCACAUAGCAUAGAGCGUAUGACAUGCCUCGUGAUCCAUCUCAUGCCUAGUUUGGUCACGUACUUGAUCCGAUGGUAUCCUACCGAGACGUCGCAGCACUGGUACAAGGACUUUGCCGACACCACCCUUGUUGAGAUUGCUACAGGAUGGGAAUUCCUGUGGUUGUUGGCGGUGCCACUUGCUUGCUACUUGGGCCAUUUAGUAAUGUAUUUGCUAUUCUUCAUGUGGAUUUUAGGGUCAACUUUCAGUUCUUCCGAAUACCUCAACAAUUACACCUACAUAGUUUAUAAAGGCAAUAAUUUCUUUUCCCGAGCUAUUAGAUGUAAAGGAGGAAAGUUUAAAUUGUUGGUGUACCUGACUUUCCAGUGUAUCUACGCUUUAAUAACGAUCACCUUGACGUGGUUCUGGUUCAACUUCUGGAUCGCUCACAUCGUCUUCUUGUGCUCUGUCUUCACCGUUGCUACCUACAACGGGUCAACCUAUUACCUGGACCUGUUCCCGAAAAAGGGCUAUGCUUCCGAUCCGUAUCGACUUUGUGGAAAUUUACCCGAGUGAACUGGACCAGUUCUUGAGGCGUAGAAUGUCUUUGAAUCUAAUCUAUGUUGACUGCAGAAAGGUAGAAGAGUGAUCAUUCCCAUCUGGGUUUAUUUCCAAAAGAAGGCUUUUAAUUCUGUGCGUUAUCAGCUAGAUGGAAAGUCUGGAUAAAAACUUGCUGAUACCUCAAGUGCCACCUAUGAAGGCAUGAAGCCAUCAACCAUGUCUAAACCUGCCUGUUAUAUGUAUUACUCAUAUUGGUCCUAGUUUGUGGUAAAGUAAAAUAAAGGUUACAAGUACAGCAUGUAGGGUUGGCACUAGUCUCCAGGUAGUUGCUGUACCUUUUCUUCCUACCAUUGGUCCUGCCAAGUAAUAUAUUGGACGACAUGAUCGCAGCCUUAAAUAUGCUAUCCCCAAAAGUAACCACAGAUGCUUGCAAGUUCUCCAUCUUCCCACGUUCUGUCAAAAUUUGGAAUCGCCUACCAGGACCUGUUGUAAUGGGAACAAACCCAGCUGUAUUUAGAGAGGCUGCGCUGCCAUUCAUCCGCAUGAUGCAGCCUCCUGUUGGGUCUCUUAUGCUGUAAGCCAAGAGGCAGUUUUUACUUGCACGGUGCACAUUCACUUUUAAUGUAUAUAAGUGCAAUUUCAAAUUACUUCACCAUGCCAUCUUGCACUGAUACACACAAUAUUUUCAUCCCGGGAUAGCUUUGAAGCUGCUAAAAGGGAUUACUCUUCAAAGGUUCAAGAUGUCUAAACCUACAAGUAUUACUCAUAUUGGUCACAAUUUUUGGUAAAGAAUCAAAGGUCAACAUGUAGUAAUAAUAUCUUGGUAAAAUGUUUCUUUAGUCUUUUCAACCAAAGAUAUCAACUGGAACUGUGAUAUUCUUCGCUAGAUUGUUUCUGGAUGAUACUCACAUUUCUAUGGUGGCCUACCUCUUCACCGUAAUCAAUCAAUGAUAUUGUUAUAUGUAAAACAGUGGGACACGCCCCUUGGAAGCCAACUUUUUUUUUUCAAUUCAAUUCGGUUUAUUAUGAAAAUACAUUGUAAAACAAUCUGAAGACUGACACAUACAAAGUUAACAGAAAAAUGGAAAAAUACAUUAAAUUAUAUACCUAAGAAUUAUCAUAAUAUAAUAAGAACAUAAUAGUAAGAUUAAAUAUUGCACUCGAGGUUCAGGAAUAUAAUUAAGGGGAUAAUGCUAUAUAAAGAGAAAAUCGAAUGAUCAAUAAAAACAUGAAAAAAAAUAUUUGGAUAUGUAUUAUGUUGAUUGAUUUCAAUGUAAACUGAGGGGAAAAAACUUAUGCAAAUGAUGAAAAAGGAAGUGAAGGGUGAAGGGAAGAAAACAUAGUUGAAUGCACAAAUUUUAUACAAACACUUUCUAUGACCAUCUCUACCCCUCAUCAUGCCAAGGGUCUAGAAUCUGGAAUAAUUUGAUUUGUAAUCGACCAUCAGCUCAUUCAAUUAAUGAUCAAAAAAUUAUAUGACUUCACAUACAUUUAUGUCAUAAAUGCUCAUGUAAUGAAUUCCUUGAAGAGAUAUAGUUGCACGUUGCCUCGUAAAAUGUUACAUUAUGUUUGAGAAUCCUCACAAUUGUGCUAUAAUCUAUGAGCUAUCAUUGUAUUGCCAAGAAGCUAUAAGGAAUCCAAUCUGUAGCUUAUAUUCAAAUUAAACUUGCCAUGAUUAAUUGUAACAUGAUAUUUAUUUCAAUUUCCAGACAAAUUCUAUAUUUUGAUAAAGUUGAAUGAGGUCAAUUGUGUGUGAAUUGUGAUUUGUAUAUUAUGCCAAAAAUACAUUUUUCUCGUCUAUGUACCUAAUUUUCUUGGUAUAUAAUUUUGACUUAGUAACCUACCUCCUCAUUCUGUUCAGUAUUUCCUAGUAUAUUUUUAAAAUGAAAUUUCAUUCUUUGUGAUAUAAAAAUAAUCAUAAAUAGUCACUGUUUUACUCUUUGUGCAUAUCCUAUGAUACGAUAGAAAGAAAUUUGCUGUAAACACUAAAUUACUCUGGACAAAUAAGUUGGUGCGUAUGGUAUUUGCUAUGUAUUCAAAUCGUUAUAAUUAGUACUGGUACAUAUUUUGCAAGAUUUGUAUUUUAAAAAAAGAUAUUUUUAAUUAGCUAUCAAUAUGGUGUUAAAAUUGGAUAAGGAAAUUAUAUUACUUUUCACCCUUAUCUGUUUUUUUAUAGACAUGUUAAUAAUGGUACCAUUUUAACAACAAAUGCAGUGUACUAUAUGCAUCUGUAUUGAUGCAUUUUCCCUUUCUUUGAGUUCUUUCACUAUGUUUUUCUUUAAUAAGUGACUUUGCUAGUUCUUAAUAAUGACAGUCUGUGGCGUAAUACCAAAGAAUGUCCAAAAUGAUUCAUCGUACUAAGGCCUAUAAACUUUGAUGAUUUCAUGAAGUGUAUCUGUGAAUUUAACCUAAGAAAAAUAUUGUACAGUAUUAUUGAAAUGUCAAUUUGUGAUGUCAAUUCAUCCUUGGUGCAAUGGAACACAUGCUUUUAUAUAUAUUCAAAUGGAUUUUGAGUGUGAUUAAGAGUAUAUAUUUGUAUAUUCUCAUUGUUGGUCUUUUUAUUGUAUGUUCUGUCAAGAUAUGUCGUAGUCAUAUUGUAUAUAUGACAAAUAAUUCCCACUAUUCUUGCUCAAAGCCUGGUAUAUUUGUAUAAUAUAUAGGCCUAUAUAUUCAGUUUUUACAGGUGUGCAGUGGAUGUUUCUGAUGUUUUUAUUUUGCCUUGUCUUGUUUCUGAUUCUUCAUGUUCCUUUUGAUACCAUUGUAUUUUUUCUCUGAUUUCCCACCGAGCAUUUAAAAAGUGCAUGUAGUGUAUUAUAUGGACUUGUAAUGCAACUACUUUGUAAAUUGUAGAAGUGUAAUAAAAUGUUAUCUAACAAGUUCA